AUGGGAGUGACGGGAACAGAGAGAGUGAAUUGUGCAGCUUUCAUGUUACAAGAUCAUGCCCGCGUCUGGUGGGAUAUUGUGGGACAGACUCGUGAUGUCAAUGUAAUGACUUGGGAUGAGUUUAAGAAUUUGUUUGAAGAAAAAUUUUAUAACAUCGCUGUGAGGACUUCACACAUGGAAGACUUUGUGAAAUUAACUCAGGGGAAGAUGUCUGUGGCCGAAUACACUCUAGAGUUUGAUCGAGCCGUCCAAGUUCUGCGUGGUAAUAUCAGUAAAGGGACCGACAGUGGUAACACUGAUCACAAACGAAAGGUUGAUGCUUCCGGAACAUCAGGGGGUAACAGGAAGUUUCGGGGAAACAGAGGUGGCCGCCAUGGCCGCGGAUCUUCAUUCCGAUCUUAUCCUGAGUGUCCAAAAUGCAAGAAACACCAUCAGGGUGAAUGUCGGGCCAAGACUUGUUUCCAGUGUGGCAUGGUGGGUCACUUCAUCAGAGAUUGUCCUCAGACUAAGAAAGAGGAGCCUAAGAAGAAUGUUACUCAGAACCCGGGACGACUUUUUACCAUGACUCAGGCUGAUGCUGAUGCUAGUUCGUCAGUGGUGACAGGUCAGUUGUCUAUAAAUGGUUUUUCUUAUACUGUAUUGUUUGAUUCGGGAGCUACCCACUCUUAUGUGUCAAGUAGAGUAAUUGAAAAUUUUGAUAAACCAUGUGAUAUUUAUGCUUCGGGGUUUGGUACCCUUUUACCUUCGGGAGACCUUAUAGUAUCCACUAGGUGGAUUCGGUCCUUGUCCUUCUGGAUUGACGGUUGUGAAUUAACCGCCAAUCUAAUAGAAUUGCAACUGUCUUAUUUUGAUAUAAUCCUGGGAAUGGAUUUUCUGUCUAAGUAUGGGGCAACGAUUGACUGCAAGCGGAAGAUGGUGGUGUUUGAGCCUGAUAGUGCCAACCCAACAGUGUUUGUGGGUAAAGUUCGGGGGCACGCAUACCAAGAAUAA